GACACUAUCUGCAUGAAAAUGUUAUGGAUACCUGGGCAUAAGGAAGGAGGGCUAGAUGUGGAGUUGUUCCGCAGACGUGUCAUCCGAGAGUGCGGGAUCUGGUCAUCGUUGAACCAUCCAAAUAUUACGCCGUUUUACGGCUGGGUUUUGGAUGUCGGAUGCGAAUUACACGCCUAUAUCCUGUUGCAAUUCGCCGAAAACCGCUGCGUUAAUCACUAUAUCAAGAACACUCCAGGGGCGGAUCGAAGAAAAAUAGUCUACGAAGCUGCCAAGGGACUAAGUUACCUUCACACACAAGACAUUGUGCAUGGAGACAUUAAGCCGACGAAUAUCCUUAUCAAUGCGAGUGGUGUCGCCACGCUUUGUGAUUUUGGACUUUCAAGGAAGAUUGGCGACCCGGCAACGGAUCCCCAAGGCAGUAGUUAUAAUUCUACAGCUCAGUACUCCGCGCCUGAGUUGGUCAUAGGAGAGGGAUUAGAAAUAACGCGCACCAAAGCAAGUGAUAUCUGGGCUCUGGGUUGUACCGGGAUGGAGAUACUCCGUGGAUAUCCACCCUACAGCGCCCAGCGUGUUGCUAACGCCAUGUCCAGGAGGAUAGGUCCUUUCAAAGAAUUCCUCCCGGAAAGCCCUGAGUGGGCCUUCAGGGGUUGCCUUCAGUUUGAGCCUGAGGCCCGAACAAACGCGCAAAACGUGAUUCGCUUGCUAGCACCAACGCGCAGGCCACGCCAUUGAGCCGAUAUAUGCAUUUUUUCUUUGACUGUUCUUUUGAG